AUGGCACCCCAAACAAUAUUACCAUUGUUCUUCAUUCUAUAUCAUUUGCUUAUCAUAGCCGUUGAUGCUAAAGUCCCAGCCCUUCGGCAUGGUGCGGUACUUGACAUAACUAGGCAUGGAGCGAAGCCUAAUGGUGAUGCUACGCAGGCUUUUUUGCAUGCUUGGAAAGUGGCUUGUGCAUCGACUACUCCUAGCAAAGUGUUGGUCCCUAGAGGAUCAUACAUACUACACGCGAUUAAGCUUCAAGGUCCAUGCAAGUCGAGAGUUACUAUAGAAAUUUUAGGGAACUUUAAGGCUCCUGCAGAUCCAGCUCAAUUCAAGGGUGAAGAUACAUGGGUUAAGAUCGAGCGUAUUGAUGGUUUGACAAUCACAGCUCCUAAAGGAGCAGGUGUUUUUGAUGGUGCAGGACAAAUCGCCUGGAAACAGAACGAUUGCUCUAAAACUGGCAAAUGCAAUAGCCUUCCUUAUAAUUUUAGGUUCAACUUCUUGACGAAUUCAGUGAUAAAUGGCAUAACUUCGCUCAACAGCAAGUUGUUCCACAUGGCAAUCUUGGGGUGCAAGCAGCUAAGAAUACAUGACAUUACUGUGACUGCCCCAGCAGAUAGUCUAAACACUGAUGGCAUUCACAUAGGACGUUCAGAUGGAGUAAAUAUAACUGCUGCACAUAUUGGAACAGGAGAUGACUGUGUUUCCAUUGGUGAUGGUGCUAAAAACGUCCAUAUCGAGCAAAUCACCUGUGGACCCGGCCAUGGUAUCAGUGUUGGAAGUUUAGGUAGGUACCCUAACGAGGAACCGGUACAGGGUAUCACCGUGAAAGGAUGCACCAUCAAGAACACACACAACGGUGUUAGGGUUAAAACAUGGCACAACUCAUAUGAAGGAGUUGUCACCGGUUUGCAUUUUGAGGAUAUUAUUGUUGAAAAUGUUCUGAAUCCCAUCAUUGUUGACCAAGAAUAUUGCCCCUAUAAUCACUGCAAACAAAAGACGCCAUCCAAAGUGAAGCUUAGCGACAUUAAAUUCCAGAAUGUGAGGGGCACGUCGAGCAGCAAAGAAGCAGUGAAGGUGGUUUGUAGUAGUGGUGUGCCAUGUGAGAAGGUACAGCUCGUUAACAUCGACUUGAAAUACACCGGCAAAGAUGGUCCUGCAGUCUCUAUGUGUAAAAAUGUCAAGCCUAUCAUAAUAGGAAAACAGAACCCACCUGCUUGCAAUGCACCUCCUACCUCCAAUAAAGACUUCUGAACACUUGUGAG